GAACCGAACGGAGCCGAACCGAACCGAGGCUGCCGCGGGACGUGCUCGCCGCCGCCAUGGAGGCGAARCCUACGGACCUCCUGCUCUGUGACAGCCUCAUCCUCUGGUUGCAGACAUUCAAUACUGCUGCACCUUGCAGAGACGUCCAGGACUUGACUAAUGGUGUUGCCAUGGCACAGGUACUUCAUCAAAUAGAUGUUGCCUGGUUUGAUGCAUCUUGGCUAAGUCGCAUUAAAGAUGAUGUUGGUGACAACUGGAGAAUAAAGUCCAGUAACCUGAAGAAGAUACUUCAAGGRAUUACGGACUACUAUCAUGAGUUUUUAGGUCAGCAGAUAUCAGAAGAACUUAUUCCUGACUUAAACCAGAUAUCUGAGAACUCAGAUCCCACUGAACUGGGCAGGCUUCUGCAGCUUAUUUUAGGUUGUGCAGUCAACUGUGAAAGGAAGCAAGAACACAUACAGAAUAUCAUGACCCUAGAAGAGUCAGUWCAACAUGUUGUCAUGACUGCUAUUCAGGAGCUCAUGAGCAAGGAAAUAAUGGGUCCUUCUACAACUGACGCAUCAAGUGAAAUGGAACAGCAGCUUAAGAGAGCUUUGGAAGAACUUCAGGAAGCACUAUCGGAAAAAGAGGAGUUGGCACAAAGAUGCCAAGAGCUAGAUUUACAGGUGGCUGCCCUUCAGGAUGAAAAGAACAACUUGAUGUCAGAAAAUGAGGUUAUGAAUGACAGGUUAGAGCAAUUAGAUGACUCUCUUGAUGAUCCAAAUACUGUGGUUGCAAAAAAGUAUUUUCAUGCACAGUUGCAGCUGGAACAACUCCAAGAAGAAAACUUCAGGCUUGAAGCUGCAAAAGAUGAUUAUCGUGUCCAUUGUGAAGAUCUGGAGAAACAACUAAUUGAACUGCAACAUAGAAAUGAUGAAUUAACCUCUUUGGCAGAAGAAUCUAGAGCCCUCAAGGAUGAAAUUGAUGUUCUUAGGACUACUGCAGAUAAGGCAAAUAAGCUGGAAUCAACUGUUGAAGUGUACCGUAAAAAGCUACAGGAUCUGAAUGACUUUCGCAGACAAGUGAAAUCUUUGCAGGAAACCAACAUGAUGUACAUGCACAAUACAGUCAGUUUAGAGGAAGAACUGAAGAAAGCCAACGCAGCACGCGCCCAGUUAGAAACGUACAAAAGACAGGUCCAGGAGCUUCAUAACAAACUCUCUGAAGAAUCAAAAAGGGCUGAUAAGUUAGCAUUUGAAAUGAAGCGACUUGAAGAAAAACACGAAGCUUUAAGCAAAGAAAAAGAGAGACUGAUUGUACAAUGUGAUGCUUUAAAAGAAACUAAUGAAGAGCUCCGGUGUUCACAAAUGCAACAGGAUCACUUGAGCCAAACAGAUGCGUCUCAUGUUAGAAGUCAUGAUAAUCUUGCUGCUGAAAUUCUGCCAGUGGAAUAUAGGGAAAUGUUUAUUCGGCUGCAGCAUGAAAACAAGAUGCUUCUAUUGCAACAGGAAGGAUCAGAAAAUGAACGUAUUACAGAACUUCAGGAACAACUGGAGCAAAAACACCGGACAGUAAAUGAACUGGAAACUGAGAAAAGGCUAAAUGAAGAGCGUAUUGGAGAGCUGCAACAGCAGAUUGAGGAUCUGCAAAAGACUUUACAAGAGCAGGGAUUCAAGACUGAAGGAUCUAGCAACCUGAAGCAGAAAUUGGCAGCACAUAUGGAAAAGUUGAGUGAAGUUCAUGAUGAGUUGGAGAAGAAAGAGGCUCUUCUUGCAGAACUUCAACCUGAUGUUACUCAGAACUCUCAGAAGAUUGGAGAACUGGAAGCAGCUUUGCGUAAAAAAGAUGAAGAUAUGAAAGCAAUGGAAGAAAGAUACAAAAUGUACCUUGAGAAAGCAAGAAAYGUGAUAAAAACAUUAGACCCCAAGCUAAAUCCAGCAUCAGCAGAAAUUAUGUUGCUCAGAAAACAGAUGACGGAGAAAGAUAAAAGAAUCGAGUCAUUGGAGACUGAAUGCAAACUUGCUAAGUUACGUGAUUAUGAGGAAAAACUAAUUGUAACUGCAUGGUAUAACAAGAGCCUGGCUCUCCAGAAGCUAGGUAUGGAAGCUAGACUUGUUGGCAGUAGUGGUACCUGCAGAGAUGGUCCUGGACGCUCCUUCCUUGCGCAGCAACGUCAUGUCACCAAUACCAGGAGGAAUCUCACCGUCAAAGUACCUGGUGCAACAUCUGAUUAAACCAUGAGGAAAGCUUGUAUGCUAAAGUGUCCUUAAAUAUUUUGUAGCUUCCACUUUAAUGACUGCAGAAAGAGGAGGUUAGAACAGUGGGCAACUGUGAAUUCAGCRCCAGAAGUGAUUAAUCUGAUCAUCUAAAAAGUAGCACUAGUUUUCCAAGUAGAAUUAGAUUUCUUAACUGCAGUAUGUAUUUAAAAGCACAACUUAAGAUUUAUAUUUGCCUUCAGAAUAUAUUGUAAAUAUAAAAAUUGGCACUAUAUAUUUAACACUUUAUUUAAUGUGUUUGAGCUGCAAAGUUGACUUUUGUAAUAGGAAAAUUUAUGCAAAAAAUACUUCAGGAAACUAGCAAUAUUGGACACUUCUG